CGGGGAGAAAAUCACAAAACCGUUCAGUGAGUCCAAACAUCAAACACUUCACGGGCGCUAAAAAAUCCUGAAAUGGAGACUUCUUCUUCAUCGUCGGGUUCUAUUGAGACUGCCCUUCGAACACUAGCAAACAAAGGCUGGUGUUUCCGCGACAUUGAUCAAGUGAAGUUACUCCUGUCAGCUCAGUCUAGCUUGGCCACCAUCGAUUCAGUUGAAUCAGAGCUUAUCAAAUUGGACUUGCGAUCCAUCGGCGGUAAAACGUUACCCGACCCUUCCUCUAUUCGAAAAAUUUCUCAUCUUCAGAGCCCUAUAGUUCUUCAAAUAUCUUCUGUCAGAGAUGUAUCUAGCAGCAAAGUGACUGAGAAUUCAGGAAAUGCAAAAAGUCGGCGUCUUUUAAGAUUGAAGCUCACCGAUGGACACUAUGAAGUAACAGCGAUAGAGUACUCUUACAUACCAUCAAUUCCUGAUGAUGUCAUACCUGGCACUAAGGUCCGUUUGGAAAACAAAACAAUAGUGCUAAGUGGUAUUGUUUGUUUAAAUGCCAAAGCAGUUACUGUUUUAGGUGGAUUUGUUGAGCCACUUUAUGAGGAAUGGCAAAUGAACCGAAAAUAUGCAGGUCUCCCGCGCUCAUCUUUGAGACAGUUUCACGAAGGGGCCUCUUCUGGUCCACCGCCAUUUGAAAAGUUGCAAGUUGGAGCCAAUCACAAGAACAAGAACCAUGCUCAGCAGAAGAGAGACUCUGGUAAAAAUUAUGAGUCUUCCAUGUCUUCAUCAUCUAGAAGUUCAGUAUCCCUGCCUACUGGAAAAGCUGAUAGCUCUACAGACUUACAGAAUCGUAAUGAUUCAAGAGGUGACAAUUUGGGUGAUGAUCUGAAGCAAUCUAAUUGUGAACCAAAUGAAGAAAAGCCAAUCAUCUCUGAAGCAAGACCAAAAGAAGUGGUUGAAUCUUUCCCCGUUCAAAAUCAAGCAGCUUCACAAAAACUUCUCCAGAAAAUGAACCAGCCUUUCAGGGAUAAUCAUCGCAUUAGGGGUCAAAGACAUAGGGGGAAAGAAAAAGAGGAAGAUUCACAUCUCCUUACUCUUGAUGAAUGGGAAAGAAGUAGAAGUGGCAACAUUUCUGGAAAUCAAAAGCUUUCUAGUAUUAGCCAGGAUGAGGAUCUUGCGAGGCAGCUUCAAGAGCAGUUUGAUUUGGAAGAUGUUCAUGUACAAAAAGAUUCUAGCAUGACAGAGGCAGAAAAUAUAAGAAUGAAUAUGUUCAGAUUUGACCGAGAUGAUGCCAGAGCUCAUGGCACAAUGGGGUUUAGAGGAAGGGGAAGGGGAAGAGGAAGGAGGGCAGGCAGAGGGAGAACAUGAUAUAUUUUUGUAUGCAGCUAAGCCUCCUCUUUGGUUUCCGAGUACUUUUUCCCCGUGCACGAGUCUUCCUUAACGCCAAAAAUGGAGGACAAGCUCUGGUUAUCUACCUUCAUAUCUCAAAUGGUACAUGCCAAUUUUUGUGUUGAUACAAUUCCAAACGUAAUUUGGCAAACCCUAACAAUCCUCUAUUACAACUAUGGUUGCAACAUGUUGCUGGGAAGAAGAGGAUAUAGAAAAAUUAUGGAGAACUUUUGAUCUACAAGUGUAAAUAAGGACCUAAAAAUAGAGAAUAUUUUACACACACACAUGUACGGAUUUUCUCCAAAUAUCUAGCUAGUUUUGGCCAAUAUUUGUUGCAAUAUACGGAUGAUAAUUGUGCUCCAACAACAUCCCAUGUAAUAUAACCAAAUGUAUAGUACGUAGUAUGUUUGAGUGCAAAUUUACAUUACAUAUGUAUUUGGUCACAUCUCAUUACGCAAUACCUUAACUACGUCGUAUGUUAGGUAAUGUUGUACUUAUCAUUUGCCCAUUAAUCAUGGUAGGUCCUCAAUAUAUCCUUCCAAGGAGACAAAGCCAGAACUGCAAAGGCAUGUGAUGUUGAUUGGUAAUGCCCCAUACUUUGUACUAAUGUCCAUCGUGUAUGCAAUUUGUUGAUAGAACAACUAAACUCCCCGGGUUGCCACAUAUGCUUCGUCAGUUAGCAUGGCUUAAGAACUUGAUUGAGAAGUCAUAAUGUUUCUUUUCAAAAUUCUAUGGUGUUAUCUAGUGUAUAUUUGAAAGCGGGGGUGUCUGGGCCUUAUUUUGUACUCCGUAUUAAGCUCUUACACGAAAUAUCAUGUUAUUUUUUUGACUAACCG